ACCUUAUUCUGUCAAAGUCAAACUGCUACGAAGUGUCAUGAGAGCACAACCGUAGAAAGUUUUUGACAAGCCAUUCUUUUUUGACGUCGCUGUGUUCUUCUGCAGACGAAUUUUCUUUUAAAACGAAAAAAUGGGUCGUAUGCACGCUCCUGGUAAGGGUAUUGCCCAAUCGGCCCUGCCAUACCGAAGAAGCGUUCCGACAUGGUUGAAAGUGACCCCCGAAGAGGUCAAGGACCACAUCAUGAAGUUGGGCAAAAAGGGUUUCACUCCCUCCCAAAUUGGUGUAAUCCUCAGGGAUUCCUAUGGAGUUGCCCAAGUCCGUUUUGUUUCUGGCAAUAAAAUCCUUCGGCUAAUGAAAGCCAUGGGUCUCGCCCCUGAUCUACCCGAGGAUUUGUACUACUUGAUUAAAAAAGCGGUGGCUAUCCGUAAGCAUUUGGAGAGGAACAGGAAGGACAAGGACAGCAAGUUCAGGCUGAUUUUGGUCGAAUCCAGGAUUCACCGUCUCGCCAGGUACUAUAAGACCAAGAGCGUACUCGCCCCUAACUGGAAGUACGAGUCUAGCACGGCGUCCGCCCUGGUGGCUUAAUAUGGAACUAGACCAUGUUUUUUUUAUUAUUUUAAGUUAAUAAAGGAAAAAAAAAUUA